ACGCCGGAGCCAGACCCCGGGACCAGAAGAGCGAGGAGCGGCACUAGACAAGAGUAAUUAGUCCUGUAAGAGAAUGAUACAGAACCUGAAGUGAACGACAGAAGGUCGGGUUACGGUGUAUUACUCGACUGCCUACAUCAAGCGUUUACGUUCAUUUUACGCUCAUUAUUUUACUUCACAGGUUUGGGACUGGGAGCGCCGAGAUGUUCAAGCCCCCACCGACACUCAUCGUGCCCUACGGCCUGAGAAGCCUGCUGGCGUCCGUCAGCAGGGCUGUGGUGACGGAGCAGCCGCCGCAGAUACGCAGCUUCAUCGCCUCCUACUGCUCCGAGCUGCUCUCCUUCAGGAACGAAAAUCCUUCCACGGACAUAAAGGACCUCGCAAAGCAAUUUCAAGAACUAAGAGAAGAGGAGGUUCAAGUGGCAGAGGAGAAGAAAACGGCAAAGACACCUUGGAUUGCAGUGGAUGUGUUAGAUGAAGCAUCUCUCCAACCCGAAGCAUCUGAAGACAUUACACACGUUCAUAAUGAACCUUCCUGUGCACGAGACGGUGAUCCUCCGUCUCCCCUUCAUGCGUCCUCGUCAGAAACCAGUCAGCCUGUUCCUGAGACCCCCUUGGUCAGUGGACGAGUGGAGGAGCUUGCAGAUCAGCAGCAACCACUGAUGCGGAGUUCCUCUGCCAUACAGUCUGGUCCAAGUGAUUCUCCUGUUCACGCCAGUCCUGUAAAAGCAGGAGAAAGUGAGAAAGCACUCUGUGGCAAAACGCCUUCGCAGUCUUCACAUGUCACAUGUGAACCCGACUCCCAGAAAGUGCCUUCAAUGCAAGAUGUCACACGAGUGAAGCCAUCACCACCCGGGGAUGAAGACACCCAAGAAAACGAACCUGAAAUAAGUUACAUUGAGGGUAAUGUUCGUGAGAGGCCCAGUGAAGGUGAUGGAGAUUUGAAAGGUGCAGCUCAGCCGUUGUCUGCUGAAGUACAUAUUCAGUCCAUACAUGUAGGCCAUGCAGAGCUUGUUCCUGUGCCCAAAGUUUCUCCUUUAUUUGCAGAAGUGGUUUCUGCAGGUGAUAUUCCGAAUCAAGAGGAAGAUGGCACGGCAUCAGCAGUCGGUGUUGGGCAACCAAUUUCUUAUUUUGCAAAGGAUUCAGCUUCUUGUGAUGCAAAGACACCUCCUAAACAGCCUUCCAAACCCGAAUCUUUGGCGGAUAGCAGCAAUUACAGCUCCAGUACUGUUCAUGCAGUAGAUAGCAAAGAUGUGGCACCUUCUCGAGCAUCUGUUAGCCCUCCAGCUGGUGAAGAAGAGAUACAUAAGCCUGUUGUUGUGAGAUCAGCUGUAUUCCAGAGAGUUCCAUCAGAUAAAUUAGUUAGCACAUUAGACACAGUCUUGAUCACUACAGCUUCUGUUCCCUCUGAGAAUAUAAUCAUUAUUCAUGCUGAAAAUCUCCCUGAAACAAUAGUAUUCCAAAGUGAGGCUCAGGCAUCAAAGGACAGUUUAAAACAUUCCAGCUCAGUCAGUAUUCCUGCUGCCCUCCAUCUGGACCAAGAGGGACAAUCAGCGACUAUAGAAACCAUCGCUGAAGCAGUUGUAUACCACAAAGUUCCUUCUGUUCAUGAACUGCCUCUGCCAUCAUUGAUCGUGGAUAAAAUUCAAUCAGCUCCGCUAGAAGAGUCACCUGAUCAGAAAGCAAGCACCGCAGACCACGUUCCCAAAGAGCUUGCUUCUCAAGAUAACUUGGGCAGUGAGCAGGGCAGUCUGACUCUCGGGUCUUCUGAAGGACCCGUCCCUUCUGUACUUGAAGAAGUGCCAACCACUGAACCAAAAACAGAGACGCCCACUGAACCAGGACAUGAAUGCUUAAGAGCUGACAAUGAAACACCUGCACUGUCUUCGUCCUUAAGUUCAGAAACGACACCACCCAGCACCCAAGAGGCUGUAGAGAUUUCCUUAGCCGAAAGGUUUAGGCUGCCUUCUAUCCAGUUAGCAGUUGCUGAAACAAAGGCCUUGAUAAGAUUGCUGGUAGCUCCAUUGCAACUGAAAAAGAAGCCUGUCUCUCCCGCAGAGAGUCCUUCACAAGAAGAAGAAGAUGAGAGUAUAACAGUUUCAGAUACAUUGCUAUCAGACACUGCCACCACAGUCGAUGCUGAGGAAAAAUGUCUUGGAGAUUCAUUGCACACGUCUCCCACAUCAGUGGGAGGUGUGAAAGAGGACCACCCAGUUUCUGAACUAGGGCAGGUUUUGCCCUCUCCUGAAGAGGGCGAUCGAGCUCAAGAAGCCCCUGAGGCUAGUGGCUCUGAGGGUGAAGGCUGGGUAGCUGCACCUGCUCUUCUCCAGGUGUCUCAAGAAGGGCCAACUCUGGAGAGGGGGUUCGGUGAAGGAGCUCAGCUGACAGAGGACUCUGAUGCACUAGUGCUGGCAAGGCCAGAAGACCCUGUUCUUCUCCGGGGUGAGGACUCCCCAGCAGAAGACCCCAGAGUAGCUGACAGAAGGGAGCCCUCUCACAGUCUGCUGGAAUGUGUUGUUCAGGCCCCCGAUACUCUACAGACCUCUGCAAUCCCCAGUGAAGAAACACAAAUUGAGAGCUAUACGGAGAGCAGCAGACCUGAAGAUGUCUGUGAAAUACAGUGUCAAGCCAUCCUAGAAGACACUGAAAAUACUUCAGCCCAGGGGAUAUCUGUACCUGAAGUCCCUUCAGCCCUGGAACUCAGUGAAGAGGAGGCACCAGGAAUAUUGCUGGAACUACUAGAAACCUCCUCUGAUCUGCAGAUUAUAGAAAAGGACUCUGGUUUUCCAGUAGAGGAUGCGCUGGACAGUGAGCUAGCAGAACAGGACACAGGGAUGUGCUCGUUCCCAGUGCCUCUGCAGGCUGAAGAGCCCUCCACCAGGACCUCUGCUCCUGAGGGAUGGGUGGGAACAGGACUGGAGACAUCGCAGGGCUCCACACACAAGCAGCGUGAAGAGCAUAAACCUGUAGAAAGCCCAGAGGACAGUCCCAGCCCUGAGGGGGUCUCCGAGCCGCUUCCCCCCACUAGCCCUGCCGACACAGUUCCUUUCCAGCCUGGAGGAGCCCCAGCCCACGACAGCUCUGCUGAUGAAAAAUUUCAAACCGUGGAAAAGAAACCUGGUGUGCCGGUAGAAAGUGAGGAAGACUCUGUUGUUCCGCAGGACGAAGAGCCCUCCAUCAGGACGUCUAGUCGGGAAGCCCGGGUGGGAACGGGACCAGAGACACACGAGCAGGCAGAGAGGCCGGUGGAAACAGCGUCUGACCACCCCGAAGUUACCUCAGCCCCGGAGGCUCCUGAAGAGGACAGAAUAGGAACUGCCCCCGAAAAAUCAGAAACCUCAGAUGAGCCGCAGGCUGUGGAGAAGGAGCCUACAAAUGUGGAUAUGCUGGACAAUCUGUUUUUGCCAGUGGCUCAUUUGGACACGGAGCACGAAGAUGUGGAAGCGAUGCUACCCCGUAGCCCCAACAUGACUGUCCUGGCUGUGCAGCCUGCCCACCCUCCUGUGGGACCCCCCGAACCCCAGCAGGUGUCCACACCAGUGGGCGAAACAGAGUGUGCAGGAAGUGGCCGAGUCACACCACCGGCGUCUCAAGAGCCGAGAACUCCGACACAGCCCGCCCAUGACCGCCAGGCCCCAGCUGUCUCUGAUGCUGAACAUGUUGCUGGUUCACCAGACACCAGUGAAAAAUCAGCUGAGAUCAAGCGUGUGGAUCGGGAGGCUGAUGAAGAGCUUCUGCAGCCUGAAAGUGCAUCUUCUCACAUCCCUGCCAGGACAGAACCUGCUCCUUCAGUGUGUCCAGCAGAAACCCCAGAGGAUUCACUAAGUGAACCUGGAAGACAAGCUGGAGAAAUGGAAACAGCUGGGUACGUGGCCGAAGAGGAACAUCCAGCUGUUGUCGAACCUUCCCCGGACACAAAAAUAGCCAAAAUGCCCCCAGACAGCGUUGCUGCAGAAGAUAUUUCAAAACCGAAAUUUCCUUUCUUCCUAUCAGCAGUGGAGGGAGCAAAAGCCUUUGUGAAGUCAAUUAAAAUUCCUCUUGCGUCCCUUAAUUUCACCACAGAGCCUAGUGAGGGAGCUGCUGAAGAAAAAACUGAACAGAUUUCCGAAACGGCAUUGACAGCCAUCCCAGAACAAAGUGCUCCUUCCCAGCCAGAUGCUCCUUCAGCAGUCCCCUCUGCCCAGGAAGAGAAGGAACCUGCAUCAGAGCAACAGCAGGAAGCUGAGGAAGGCCCGGCAGCAGCCGGUGGCGUUACUGCAGAUGAGCACGUAGGUCCUGGUCUUGACAGUUCAGUGCAUCAAGUCUGGACAUUAUAUCACCUAGCACAUCAUGCUGAGGAAGGAACUCUCUCCACAACAGUGUUAUCCCAGCCUCCUUUCAACGGGAGCGCCGCCAUCAGGAGUUUUGGGGCUGGACACGUCCUACUGACACAGCAGCUUCUUCAGAGCACACGCGCAGAGCAGCCCGCGAGCGUGCAGCAAUUGGAGCCACUCCGACCCACAUCCCAGGGAAGCUACCUGAGCCACAGGAGUGGGAAUCUCCACCCAGCACGCGCUCCUCUUUCUGGGCCACCCUGCCACACUCUUGGGCCAGAUCACUUGAUCAUCCAGCCUGCUUCCUCCUCCAGUACACCUUCCCAGCAAAUAACAGUCCCCAAUUACUUUCUGGUAGUGUCCAACAAUGGAGAAGACCAGAGAAAAAGAAAGAUUACCUCAUCAGCAAACAUGGGCUCCAGGGAUGUUAAAGCACACUUGCUUACGGACGGAGGGAUCUCACCGUUACCUGUUGGCAGUGUGAGAUCUCCAGCUGCGGUGAAGCGGGACUCUUCUAGGUACCUGUCCCUUUCAAUUCCACUCGAUGAUCUUCAUCUUCCAGGCAGCAGGAGGCAAAGUCAGCUCUUGAACGUCACUAGUGAUGAGGGCAACCUGAUUUAUUCACCUGUGCACAUCCAUGUGGUGAACCUGGUGCAGCCCGUUGGCACAGAGGGAGCCUUCGGUGCACAAGCACAGAGGCGGCCGUGCAGUGCUCCAGUCAAGCUGAGUUUAUCCAAGGCGCCCCCCUGCCAGCAAACGGAUUCAGUGAAUAUCAGGAAUGGUGAUAAACAAGGAACAGCCAAGACUCAAUGGGCCCACCAGCAAAGAUAAUGUCACAACAUGCUGGACAACAGGAAGGAUUUCUCAGCAUUGGCAGGUUUUGGCCUUUACAGAUAGAAGCCUUACUUUGAGUGACCUCUUUUCCUGCGUCUUAACUGUGUGUGCUUUCAAUAAACUUCAACUGCAAAGUUA